AUGCCUCAACCAAACGCUACCGGUACACCGGCCUCGGACACCGAGUUUCGUAAAACAUGGGAUCGCGAGGAGUAUGCGAAGAAGGCGGCCGACCAAGAAGCGAAGCGCAAAGCGGAAGGCAAAGCCCGAUACGAAGCGAAGCUCCUGGGCAAGAAAUACCACGCGCCAGUCGACUUUUCCUCCCUGGAUGAGACAACCGCCCGUACCAAACGGCUAGAUGUCGCGUCGAUGGUGGGCAAAACGACGAUCGUGCCGGCCGGAGCCUCGAUGGGCAAACGAGGCGCUGGAGCCGGAUUCUACUGCAAAGACUGUGACCUUACCUUCAAGGACAAUAUCCAGCUGGUGGAGCACUACAACAGCAAGCAGCAUUUGAUUGCGACUGGUCAGAGCGGAGAGGUGAAACGAGCUACCGUGGAGGAAGUGCGAAUGCGUCUGCGCAUGCUGUCACAUAGGAAGCGAGUACGGGAGGAAGAGGAACGAAGGGCGUGGCAGCUUGAUCUUGGAGAGAGAUUGCGGGAGCGAGAGGAAAUUGAGGCGAAGGAGCGUGAGGAGAAAAGACGCAAGCGGAAUGAGAAGCGUCGGAAGGGCAAGGACGAUGUCAAGCAGGAGGACAGCUGGGAAGGAAGACUGGGAAUCAUUGCGUAA